GCAUGGCCAAAUGUGCCGCUGUCUAUCUAUUCUUCCGCCGAUGAGUCAUCGGUGAAACAACAACAGGGACACAAGGCGGAGUCGAGUUCGAAUUGGCCCUUUGUUGAAUUUCAUUGAGAUCCGCCGACCAGAGCGCGAGCGACAGAGAGAUUUCAGAUUUGUGUGAUUUCUCGCAUAUUACUUACUCAGUCAGACGAUCUCGCUUGUCUGCUCGCAUCUUAUGUUUUCGCCGUUGACGGCCUGGUCAUUGCUGUUUACAUGACAUGGAAAUGCGGGAAUAUCGACACCACCAUUAAAAAGGCACCAAAUGGAGAUGAAAAGUCUUUUCUGAAUGGACCCUAUGUGGAAUUCAUUAAUAUCUCUGUUUGCCCAAAAAGAAGGAUAACGGAUCCGCGAGUCAACGGAUUGUUCAGCCAAUUUUUCACGAAUCAUCAGUUGUACUCGCACACUUGGACCACAAUGCAACCAGAUGGAAUGAGGUGACUGCUUUAAACAGACUGACUGCCAGCAAGAUUAAGGACAGUCUUAUGGUGGAUCGGGUUCUCAUUAAUCUGUCUGUGGAUCCAAAAUGGGGGCGCAACCCACUAAAGAAGAGAACCCUGAACGCCAUGCCGUGGCGAACCGCGCAGCCUCAGUGGGUGGCUCGCCAGCGUCCGUUUUCGGUACCGUUUUGACAGCUGCAGCAAAUUGUAGCCUCCGGGAACCUCUUAGCAAGGGCAGUCGGUCGCCUUCUCUCAAAGGAAAAUUCUCAACAAGCAGCAACGUUUUCGCGGAGCAUAAUGAAGCCUUGCUGCAGUCGCGCCCAUUACCAGCUACACCAAAUUCGGUCGUCGGUAGUCGGAAGUUUUCGUCGGCGUCUGAUAAUAUGAAUAUCGGCAGUGUUCCUGGUUCAGUCUCGGACACUGAAACUUCCACAGCAAGUGGCUCGAUUAUGGAUCAACCGCGGUGGCUUUCCAGGGAAAACCUUUUCUCGGAUGGCGAUUCUAUUAGCGAUGAAUAUUCGCCAGUUUGUGUUGCACUGUAUGACUUCCAGCCAGUUGCCGAUAAACAGUUGUCGCUUAAGAAAGGUCAGCAGUUGCGCGUGAUCGCUUACAACAGCACCCAAGAAUGGUGUGAAGCCGAAUUGCUCUCCAGCGGCAUGAUUGGUUGGGUGCCUUCCAAUUAUAUUUCUCCCGUUUCGAAUCUGGAAAGUUAUUCCUGGUAUCAUGGGAAAAUCAGCCGCAAUACGGCCGAGUUUCUACUGAGUAGUGGUAUCAACGGGAGUUUUCUGGUCCGUGAAUCGGAAUCCAACGAGGGUCAAUGGUCCAUAUCACUGCGCUACGAAGGCCGAGUUUAUCACUAUCGAAUCAAUCAAAUGCCAGACGGAAAGCUUUACAUUACGCCGGAUAGUCAAUUUAAAAGUCUUUCGUUGCUCGUUCGUCAUCACUGCGCACAUGCAGAUGGUCUUAUCAGCAGUCUACUUUAUCCCGCUCCCAAAAGGACCAAGCAAUCACCCUUCUCCAUGAGUGUCGAAACCGAUGAAUGGGAAAUACCGCGAGCUGAGAUCGCCAUGCGACACAAACUGGGCGCGGGUCAGUAUGGCGAAGUGUAUGAAGCGAUUUGGAAGAAGAACAGUUCGCGAAUUGCUGUCAAAACGCUCCGCGAAGAUACCAUGCAGCUAAAGGAAUUCCUGGCGGAAGCCACCAUCAUGAAGGAGAUGCGCCAUCCUAAUUUGAUCACACUGCUCGGUGUCUGUACACGCGACCUUCCAUUUUACAUUGUCACUGAGUUUAUGCAGCACGGUAACCUGCUGGAUUAUCUUCGUAAAACGGAUCCGAAAAAGCUGUCGGGUGUUACGCUGAUGUAUAUUGCCGCCCAGGUUUCCAGUGCGAUGGCAUACCUAGAAGAACGCCAGUUUAUUCAUCGUGAUUUAGCGGCAAGAAACUGUCUGGUGGGGGAGAAUCAUUUGAUUAAAGUUGCCGAUUUCGGUCUGGCACGAUUUAUACGUGAUGAUACUUACACGGCCAAAGCUGGGGCGAAAUUUCCGAUCAAGUGGACAGCACCGGAAGGACUGGCGUAUAAUCAGUUCAGCAACAAGUCGGAUGUGUGGUCGUUUGGAAUUUUAUUAUGGGAAAUUGCGACAUACGGAGAUUCGCCUUAUCCCGGUGUGGAUAUUGCGGAUGUCUAUCAUAAAAUCGAAAGUGGUUACCGGAUGGAAGCGCCACGCGGAUGUCCCGGUCCGGUGUACCAGUUGAUGCUCGAUUGCUGGGAGUGGAAAGCUGCCGACCGACCGAAUUUUACGGAGAUCAAUCAGCGCCUGGAGAGCAUGUGUCAGAUUAUUAGUGGAUCGAAGAACGACGAGGAAGUGCGGAAAAGUUUGUUGGAAGAGUUAAAAAGCAAUGUUAAGCGUCCCGGGGGAACAGCACGGAAAGCGCCAAAAGGUCGACGUAGUCUGCCGAAUCUCGAUGGAUCCAGUUUGACGGUGGGGCGCGUGUCGCCCCGCGGUCGCAACGUACCCCCGACUCCGCCCCGCCGGACUAGUUCGUUCCGUGACCGGAAACUCAUGUUGAGUGGUGGUCAAGGUGAGACGCUGUUGGUGAAAUCCAAAUUGAAGAAUCUCCCAGAGGAGAAUCUGAGUGAUUUAAGCGAUACGAGUGGUUCGGACGUGAUUAUGCGCAGUCAGCCGGUUAAGCCGCCGAAGCCGUUGCGUGUGAAAAUGCGUGAUGCUGACACUCAAGUGGCCACGAUGGAGCAGCGUCAUGUCAAGGAGACCAUUCACAAGUGGGGAACAUUGCCGAAGGGGUCGUCAAGGAGCGGUGGUUUCGUGGAGUCGCUGAAGCGCGGUAAAACGGUACAGCCCGAUGUAGUUCCCAAGGAAGAGCCCUUGCCGGAAACGGAUGAUUCAGACGAGGAGAAGAAACUUUAUAGUGGUGAAGGCGAGCCCGUCUCACCGAGGCGACCGUCUCCGCCCAUGACCACGACGGCCACGCAAACCAGUCCGGAACCCGCUGGUCGGCAUGUGUUGAAGCGGGAGAAAUCAGACCUUGACAAACCGGAAAACGGAUUACAUGUCAGUAAACCGAAACCGGCAGUACCGGCCGAUAAACCACCGGUCUUGAAGGUAAAACCGUCACGAAACGGAGCGGUGGGAAAGAUUUAUUCAUCUGGUGUUUCCACGGAUAAGAUGAAAUUCCUACCGCCAUCUCCUCCGAAAUAUCAGCGUCCGGUGGAAACCAUGGGCACACCACAACUGAUACCACCUGCUCCUCCGCCAGUGUUAAAUGGCUUCUCCACCUUGGAGAAACUCCCUGUGAAACACGGAAAACCGAUUAUUCCUAAAACGUUUGCUGCCGUUUCGCGAAGCGAAGAGAAUAUAGGUCCGGUGGCGGUCAAUGUGGGUGGAGCGGAUGAACCGGAUCAUUGGAAUAUGAACCCUAUCCCCGAGGGACCGGUGUUGGAGUUUUUCCCCCCACCGCCUCCGGAGUUUAGUGAAUCGGAGGGUUCGCAGACGGAGAAUGUCAAUCCUGUUCGUAGUAGACUACAUUUAUGGGAAACCCGUGUGGGCAAGCCGAAGCCAGUGGUUCCAGUCAAGCCCCGUCCAAAUCCUAGUAAAACGCACGCCAGUGAUCGAACCCCGUUGGAGGAAAACGAAAUUGUUCUUCCCCCAUCACAGGAUCACCUUCGCGAAGAAAUCCGUUCGGCCCUUGAAUUUUUGGAGAAUUCUGGUGGAGUGGAAUACGGAGUUGUGUAUGAACGGUGUUCCGUGGUGGUCGGCAGUUGUUCGGCGUUUUUGGAAAUGAUACCUCCGCAUUCCCGUUUUCGCUUGCGUGAACAUCUCACCCGUUUACAGUCGCAGCUGGAAAAAAUCUCAAACAAGGGUGGCGGAGCGGCGUCUCAUUACCGUGAUCUGCAGUCGGUACUGCACGAUAUUCUGCAGUUUGUGGGGAAACUUUGAUUACCCGGAAGUAGCUGUGUUUGUGCCUUUCUGUGUCCGAAUUUGUUGGUUCGUUUUUCCUUUUUUUUGUACCAGCCAUGCUAUUCUGACCUGUUUGUACAGCUUUUUUAUGAGGGUUUAGUUUGUAUGGUUAUUCGUUGUGGUUUGUUUUUAUUUGGAGUAAUUUUUGUUUUAUACCGCCGUUUGUCCUACCGAACCCGAAGUACUUUUUGACCGUGCCGGAAUUAAUUGUUGCUUUUAUGACCUAGAGUAGAAAAGCUGCGUUUUGCUCAAUGGUUAUGCAUCUGUGAUGUAUGCAGCUAAGUAAUUAAAGAUUUCGAUUUCCUUG